UACUUAUGUGAUGCAAUCACAUUUAGCAGAUGUCACGUUCUGGGUAUUUCUUUUAUAGUAAAUGUGAUUUUAUAAAUUUGCUUAAUUUCAGUGAAGCAUAACACAAAGUUCCAAAAUGUCAAUGAACACAGCCCAUGCGAAUGGGGGAGUUCUUAUUUACAAUGGAGAGAUAAUAUUAUUAUAUUGUGAUGGAGUUGAAUUAAUAAUCGAAGGAAAUGGGACUAAAGAUUUUGGUGGAACAAAGAAAGGAAGAAUUUACCUCACAACCCACAGGAUGAUAUUUAUGAAUAAAUCUGAAAAGGAUCCUCUGCAGUCUUUCAGUUUCCCAUUUUUCAGUAUGAGUGGUCUAGAACUGGAGCAGCCAAUUUUUGGCGCCAAUUAUAUAAAAGGUGUUGUGCAUGCCCAAGCUGGUGGAAACUGGACGGGCAAAGCCACAUUCAAGCUGAAAUUCUUUAGUGGUGGUGCAAUAGAAUUUGGUCAAGCUAUGUUGAGAGCUGCUCAAAUGGCAAACCAAAAUAUGCCUCCCCAACCGCCUCCCUAUACACCUCACCAAGGGCCGUAUUAUCCAGCACCCCCGCCAGCAUACAUGCCACCUCCUGGAGGUAUUAAUGGAUUUGUGCCACCUACGCAUGUAUUUCCAGAUGCUCCUCCUGCUAACAGUGUAUAUACAAUGGAUAUGCCUCCUCCUUAUCCUGGAAUAUAUCCUCCUCCCUAUGCUUUCCCGCCGGGCUCUCAAGCAUAUCCUCAGGCAGGACCUACUGGCCUUGUCGGCUAUCCUGGAGGGCCACCACCACCUGGAUUUGCUGCCGGAACUGCAGGAGCUCCACCUCCUGGAUCACAGCCACCACCUCCAUAUAACCCUCAACAACAACCUGCAUAUAACCCCCAGCAGCAACCCCCUCCUGGAGCGUACGGACAGUAUAAUGGAGUCGCUCAGCAGCCACCAACUACUGAUUCAAAAGCAGGUGCUCCCCCACUAUAUGAUUUUUAUCAAGAUCCUUACAAUUCACAGAUACUCUAUGCACAGCAGAAUAUGAAUGGACAUCAAAAUCCUCAGGGGCCUCCACCACCAUAUUCUGAAAAUAAUAAAAAGAACCAGUAAACUGGAUUACCUGGAAAAUGCUGCUAAAAAAGGCAAAAUAUACUGUGGGAUGAAAUAAGCUUUUGAACUUCUUGAUUCUUACUUAGUUUUGUUUGGAAAAAUAUAAAAAAAGCAACUGUUCUGUCGACUAUAAAUGUUUUAGCUUAUUUCCUGUACUUUCAUUUAUCUUGUAUAGUAUAAAUGUUACUAGUGCCCCAUAAUAUUCAUGAUAUAAAAAAUGUUGAAUGAAAUUUAUAUGUAAAUUAAUUGAAUGUUAUCUCUGUUGAAAAGAGGUAAGUAGCAUUCCAUGUAUUUUUAUGUGCAUCAGAUUGUAUCAAAUAUAUAUAUACGCUAACUUCAGAUUCUGAAUUGCACCUUGUAAUUUUUUUCCGUCAAGAAAAUAAAAUGUUUGAAUUCUAUA